UGCCAUAACACUUUCUUUACCGCACUGAACUGUUACCGUCUGUGAUUUGGCAACAAGCCAAGUGUGUACUCCAUCGCCCAUAAUACACUGCGCUCCAUUCCUUGAAGCAUACAGUUUGAAAUAUACUUGCUGAAUUUGGACAUUUUUACAAUAUAAAUCUAAAUCCAAAGUGGCCAUUGUGAGAAUUGGAUAUCUAAAGAGAAAACACCAUCAGUGCCCGGAAAUAUGAACACAUCCACAUUUCGUUUUGGCCAGCACAUCAUCAAGGCAUCAGCGGUGUUUCUUCAGACGGAAUUGUCCUUUGCACUGGUAAAUCGAAAACCAGUGGUCCCUGGACAUGUGCUGGUGUGUCCUCUCCGUGUUGUCGAACGCUUCUGUGACCUGCACCCAGAGGAGGUAGCCGACUUAUUCAAGACAACACAAAGAGUGGCAGGCAUUGUGGAGAAGCACUUCCAGGGAUCUUCCCUGACCAUCGCUAUCCAGGAUGGCCCCGAAGCUGGACAGACUGUGAAGCAUGUUCAUGUUCAUGUACUCCCAAGAAGGGCUGGGGACUUUAAGAGAAAUGACAGCAUUUAUGAUGAGCUCCAGAAACAUGAUCGGGAGGAUGAGGACAUGCCGGCAAAGUGGAGAACAGAGGAGCAGAUAGCAUCGGAGGCCAGCACUCUAAAGCAACACUUUAACUGAACCUGACAGAAAUCCUAUGCAUAAAGGCCCUCAAGUGAAAUUUCAAGAGAAAUGUAACAGAUUUUCAUUGCAUUCCACAACAGCAAAAUGCUAGUAUCUUAAACUCCAGCUGCAAGCUGUACUUUCCACAGGUCUGGAGAUCUGUGCAAUACUCUUGGUUAGCUCUGUGAUAUAUUAAAUUUCUCAUUAUUACCUAUA